AUGCGGACGUCCGUGAUGACAUCGGUCAGCUCAUGGAUGGGCCAGGACUUCGACCACACUGAUGGCGCGGAUGUUCCCGCGACGCCAAGGAAUGGAGGCAACGGAGGGAUGGUGGAGCGAAUUCGCAGCUCGGUGCGGCACUUCGGAAGCCUGGUAAUCAACCCUGGCGGCUCUGCCGACUACCUGAGCACUGGAGGGAAUCUGAUUCUCAUGCGCUCAUCGAUGUCCACGACCAGCUUCUCUGGAGGGGACGCGGACAACCAAGGAAGCCGCUGUUGCGCCGCAAAGUCCUAUCACGUCCCACAGAGCACCCUCAGGCGUGGCUUCCUCAAGCUGGAGGCCCGCUACUCCUCCGAUGCUCCGGGAGAGCUUCCUCCCGGCGUCAUCUUGGGCGCCGUGCGCCGCUUCGAUGCCGAGUUCCGCGUGGGGCGCAACGAGGUUGAUCGCCUGAAUCUGGUCGACUCACUGGAACACUCCGAACGAGACAUCGGCAAAGUCAAGUGGAACAGCAGAGACCUCCUGCAGGCCUUCUUCGUCAAGAUGAACUUCUGCGAGCGCCUGUACUUCACCGUGGACGUGGGGGGCACCUCCAGCUUAGUUUCCCGAGCCGUCAGCGCCAUCAUGGUAGCAGCCAUCGUGAUCAGCAUUGCCAUCUGGAUGGCAGGUACAAUGCCCUGGUUCUCUAUGGUCCCCUGCUCGGGAUGCGAGCCAGAGCCUUUGCCGUGGAUGCAAGGGGUCGACGAGACGUGCGUUAUCAUUUUCACCGUGGAGUUCCUGACAAGGAUGCUCACGGCUCCCUUCGCACGCAUGAAGCUGCUGAAUCGGCGCUUCCUUCUCGACACGGUCUUCACCGUCACUGCCAAGACGGAGGAUGCGUCCGAGCUCUCGGAGCAGGAGCUGGGCCGCUUCAAGUGCGCAUCCAACUGGUGGAGCUUCUGGAAGCAGCCGGCUGCAGUCGUUGACCUCUUCACAGUGCUCCCAUAUUGGAUUGAGGUUUGGUUCGCCACCAGCUCGGACAGUAACUUCAUCUGGCUGCGGCUCUUUCGGCUGCUCCGGGUGAGCAGGAUCUUCAAGCUGGUUCAGAUACUGAACUCCGAUCUCGGCCAGCUGAGCGACGCCCAGCACCUCCUAGCGAACGUGUUCGUUCAGGCCUUUCCAGCAUUCAUCCUUACAACCGCGCUCCUGGUGUUCGCACUGAUCGUCUUCAGCGCCCUCAUGUUCACGGUGGAGCGUGGCGACUGGUACCCUGAGUCUUUGGUGCUGCGGCAGCCCGUCUGA